AUUCCUUUUCCGGGAAAAAGUUUUAGCAAAGGAAAAAAAAAAUCGAAAUCAAAAUCAAAAUUAGAAGCUCACCCGACACAACAACGUCACAACUUUGUUCUCUCACCUCACCGAAAUCCUUCGCACUCCACACACACAACGCUUGCUUUCUCUGUUCUCUUUUCUCCUUCGGUUUUCGCUAUUUUGCCAUGACUAUGACUUGAAGAAGAAGGCGCGAGGGAAGGAAGAGGCAUGGGUGCGUCGCUAUCGAACCUGGGGACGAACGGUUCAACCAUCGGUCCAGGCCUCGGGGACAUACCAGAGGGCUGCGUGGCCCGCGUCUUUCUGCACCUGACUCCGCCGGAGAUUUGCAAUCUGGCGCGCCUGAAUCGCGCUUUUCGCGGCGCCGCGUCCGCGGAUUCCGUUUGGGAAUCGAAGUUGCCCCCUAACUACCAAGAUCUGCUCGAUCUGGUGCCUCCGGAGAGGCACCAGAAUCUCUCCAAGAAGGACAUUUUCGCGCUUCUCUCUCGACCGUUACCUUUCGACGACGGCCAUAAGGUGGGUGCUCUUCAGGAAGUGUGGCUGGACAGGGUCACGGGAAGGGUUUGCAUGUCCAUUUCGGCAAAAGCGAUGGCAGUUACUGGGAUUGAUGACCGCAGAUACUGGAAUUGGAUUCCCACUGAAGAAUCUAGGUUCAACACUGUGGCAUAUUUGCAGCAAAUAUGGUGGUUUGAAGUGGAUGGGGAGGUAAAGUUUCCAUUUCCUGCUGAUAUUUAUACUCUCUCCUUUAGGCUUCACCUUGGACGGUUUUCCAAAAGGCUUGGACGGCGUGUAUGCAAUUACGAACACACCCAUGGUUGGGAUAUAAAACCUGUGAAAUUUGAGUUGUCGACUUCAGAUGGUCAGCGGGCAUCCUGUGAAUGCUGUUUGGAUGAAACUGAGCUUGAUAAUGGAUAUGGAAAUCAUAAGCGUGGAUACUGGGUAGAUUACAAGGUAGGUGAGUUUGUUGUCCGUGGAUCAGAACCUACAACUGAAGUUAGAUUCUCCAUGAAACAGAUUGAUUGUACACAUUCCAAAGGUGGGCUUUGUGUAGAUUCUGUAUUUAUCAUACCUAGUGAUUUGAGAGACCGAAAGAGAAGAGGCAUUUUGAAAUAGCCACAUGCAGAAUAGGAAGUUUGUUUAUUUAGUGAUGUUAGACAUCUCAGAAUACUCUGUUGGGAUCUAUCAUACAGGUUAUACUUAAUGAACAAAAUUGAUAAUUGGGAGAAUGUCAUGUGUUGCUGGGUUUUUUUUUGGCA